AUGUCUUCAGUUGAAUCCCCCAUCCGGACUUUUGUAGGCAGUUUAUCGUCACAUAGAAUUCUUGAUAAAAAAUGUGAGAAAAAAGUUAGUACUGCCGGAGGUGUUUUAUUGAGAAACCGUAAUGAAGACAUACCUCUUACACCAUCCAUGUUUGUCUACAAAAUGUCAUUGUCUUCGGAAGAAUUGUACAAGCAGUUAUUUUACAGCCAUAUUCCUGAGACUCUGGCUCUGCACGACAUGUCCUUGAUAGGGGAUCAAAAGACGACAUCAUUUCCUGUCAAUCGUCCAUUGUUCCAACCGUUUCCUUCUGAGCUUAUUUUUCAACGCUACGAGCCCGGAAAGUCUUAUGAGUUACCACUAGUACUUCGUAAUUUGGAUAAGGUUUCAAGAACAGCCCAUCUGAUUCAAAAUGAUACUCCAUACUUUAAAAUUAAACGUUUGAAUACACAAGGGUCUAAAGUGGCAGCUGGUUUGUCACUUUCUUUCACGAUUGUCUUCACACCUGAUGCUAACCAGGAUUAUCGACAUGACCUUAUGUGUGUGACUGACAGAGAAUUGUUCUCCGUCCCUGUAUUUUGUAUUGGCCCACGAGCAGUUCUAGAGCUGCCUGAUGAUAUCUAUUUUGAUGAGGUUCCAGUGAAAGUAACGAGUAAAAAGUUAAUAGGUGUGAGGAACAUUGGGAAUUCCCAGGCUUCUGUAAAGUUUGAUAUCAUGAAGCCGUUUUUUGUUGAGCCCAUAUCUUUGAAAAUCAAACCUGGUGCAGUAGAAGAAAUCGAAGUUUCUUUCAUCCCUGAAAAUAUAGCAGAAGUUUCGAAUAAAAUGUUCAUUGUUUACGAUACUGGAGAAAGACUUCAAAUUAACCUUCACGGCCAGGGGAGAGAAUCGUUGGUUUAUCUUAGGGACAACAAAGUGGCACUAAACGGAACAUUUAUUGGAUUACAUUCGCAAACAAACGUUUUCAUUGUAAAUGAUUCAUCUGAUGUUAUCAGUUUUAAGUGGAGUCCUUUUGAAAAUAGCGAGGAAGAAUCGCUUGCGAAUGACUUAUUAGUCGGAACUUUUAUUAACGCGUGUGAUUUUAAAUCUAUAUUGAAGCGAAAGUUGAUUACAUGGGUCAGGAAGUUUUCUGAUCAACAAAUACCAUAUCCAACAAAUAUUCAAACUAUUGAAUGUUCACCAUUUCAUAUUGAACCAAUUGAAGGUUGUAUCCAACCAUAUACAACAAAAGAAUUUAUUCUACAUUUUAAUCCUGAAAAAGUCAACUAUUAUGAAGAUACAUUUUAUUGUAAUAUUGAUGGUGUGCAAAAAUGUUUAAGUCUGUUUAUGAAUGGUGAAGGUCUGGGACCAAAAAUUAAAUUUUCAUAUAAAUAUUUAAAUAUGGGAAAAAUUUUUAUUGGUUCAAAACAUAAAUAUGAAUUAGUUAUAUCUAAUUGUGGAUUAAUUGAAACAAUGUUUUCAAUACAUUGUAAGAAUAAACUGAAUCCUCAAGCGACUGAUGAUGUUCCUUCUGAAGUAGAUGAUGAGAAUCAUCCUCAUCCUCAUCAUCAAAAUAUAACUCAAUUUAGUAAAUAUUUUCAUCUUAUACCUGAUGAAGGAUUAAUUUGUCCUGGUAAUUAUCAAGUUAUACAAAUUGAAUUUAAUUGUAAUGAUUACAUUGGAGAAUUUAAUGAAAUAUUUCAAUUUAGUUUUGAUGGAUCAUCUAAUUAUGAAGAGAUUACAUUUAGUGGUACUGUGGUUGGACCAACAUUUCAUUUUGAUGUUCCGUCAGUGGAAUUUGAUCAAGUUUCCUAUGGAUUUUCAAAAGAGAAAAUUAUAACUUUACAUAAUACUUCAUUUAUACCAAUGGAUUUUAUUCUUCGUAUCACUGAUGAUGAUAAUGACGAUGAAGUGAAUAGUGUUCCUAACAACAAGCAAGAUGAACAGUUGAAUACUAUUUCAAAUCAUAGUUCAAAUGUACUUCAAUCAAUUGAUAAUGCAUCAUUUCAUAUCAUUCCAGAAUAUGGUAAUCUACUUCCAAUGAGUUCAAUAAAUAUAUCUAUACGAUUUAGUUCAAAAUAUUUAGGCUUAAAAAAGUAUAAAUUAAUUGUUGAUGUUGUAAAUGUUGGAAAAAAUGCACAUUGGUUACCAAUAUCUGCUGAGGCUAUCCGUCCAGAUGUAAUUGUAACACCGGAGUCGAUAAAUUUGAAAAGAUGUUUUAUUAAUCAUCCCUAUACCAUUGAAAUGACAUUAACAAAUCAAUCAAUCGAGCCAGCUAGCUAUCAAUUUGUUGAACAGUUAGCAAUAGUAAAAGUAGUAAAAACUAUAACAACACAAACUAUCACAAAUCAAGAAGGAGAAUAUAGUGAAGAUUCAAAGUUACAAUAUUGGAUAGAUAAACCAGAGGGAUUUAUUAAUGGAUUAAAUUCUGUUAAACUCUCUAUAACAUUUAAAGCAAAAGUGUUAGGAUUAAUUACAAAUGAAUUAUGCUUUAAAAUUUGUGGUAUUAAUGACAAUCCAUUGAAAAUACCUGUAAAAUGUAUGGGAGAAGGUCCAGUGUUACAUGUUGAUCAAACAAAAUUAGAAUGGGGAACAAUACCCGUUUUGCAACCAAUCGUUAAAAUAUUAAGAAUUUCAAAUGAAUCAUGUAUUGAUGCUAAUUAUACUGCUAAGAUGGUACGAAAUGAUACUGUUUAUAAAGCUGAACCAUCCUCUGGAAGUAUUCCAGGUUAUGGUCAUGUGGAUUUGAAUAUUAUUGCAAAUCUAGAUGAUAUUAUAUUAUUUAAAGAUCAGUUAGUUGUACAAGUUGAAAACACAUUACAACCAUUAAAAAUUGAACUAAGUGCAACUGGUCAAGGUGGUACAAUUGUAACACAACCAUCAAUGGGUUCUGUGUUAAAUUUAGGCUGUCAAUUUAGUGUUAAUCCAAUGAGGAAACAUUUUAAAGUUAUAAACAAAGGAAGGAGAUCACAACAAAUAAUAUGGUCUAUAGAUGGACAAUCACCACGUAAAUCAAUUCAUAUGGAUGGUCAAUUAUCAGAUAAAUCGGAAUCAAGAUGGUCAAUUACACCACAUCGUUUUGAUCUUAAUCCAGGAGCAUCUACAGAAAUUUGUCUAGAAGUUCAAUGUGAUAGUGCUAAGACAAUUCAUGAGAAAAUUUUAUGUCAUUCAAUUAUUGGACGAAGUGCUAAAUAUUUAAUUAAAACAAUUGAUGUUUCAAUUGACUUUAUUAAACCGAUUAUUGAAUUAUCUACAAGUGAACUAUUUUAUAGGAUUGAAAAGGCACCAUCUGAUGAACUAUCUACACAAUUCGAUCAUUUCACAAUGACUAAUAAAGUAGAUUUAUUAUUAACAUGUUUAUUGGAAGUUUGCAGUCCAUUCAAUUUGUUUAUAGAUGAAGUUUAUACAUCUACAAUGACAUUUCAAAUAAAACCAUUUGAAUCGAAAGAAAUUACAGUUUCGUUUAAUCCAAAGUAUAAAGAUGAUUUAAUUAGUAGAAGAGCUGAUGAAUUAUUAUUUAUCAAAUAUGCUGAACAUCCACAAACUGACGCCGUACGAUUAAUUGGUGAAGUACAUUUUCCAAAUCUUCAAUUUGGUUCUAAUAUAAUUGACUUCGGUUGUAUACUAAAUCAUACAGAAAUGACAGAACAUUUGAGUAUGAAAAAUAUUAGUCCUCUACCGGUGAAAUUUCGUUGGAGUUUACUUAUUGGUGAUCGGCCAAAUAUUAUAUUUAAACGUCAAGCUCGAUUAACAGAACGUCAAAUUCCUAAUAACGUUCAGAAAUUAGCUCAUGCUGACAUAACUGAUGAUAAAAACACUGAAAAUAACCUACAAGAUCUUUGUAAAAAUACUGAAGAAACAGAACAUGAAAUAAGCAUCAAUGAACAACACAAUGAAUUCAAUCAAACCCUACCAAUAUUUGAGAUUAAUAAACCAACUGAUGAACAUAUACCAGAUGAUAACUUAAAUGCUAAUUUAUCAUCUCCUGAAAAUAGUAUAUUACAUAAUUUAAUUGAAGAAGAUGAAGAUAUUGUACCAUUAGGUAUUGAAGAAUUAUUUGAUAUUGUACCACUAUAUGGUGAAAUUAAUCCAGGUGAAACAAUAUCAUUAAGUUGUACAUUUUAUGGACAUUCAAAUAUAGAUGCAUCUGUAUUAGCUUUAUGUGAAAUUGAUGGUGGUCCUGAAUAUAAAAUUGAAAUAAAAGGUUCUGCAUCAGAAAUUGAUUUUCAAUUAGAUCAAACGGAUAUUGAUUUAGGAUAUAAUUGUUUAAAUAAACCAAUGAUAUAUGAAUUUAAUAUAAUGAAUACAGGAAAAGUACAUUUUGAGUAUACUAUUCAUUUUCAUUCAAAUUUAUCAUCUAUUAAUGAGAAUAUUCAACAAACAACCCUAUCAAAACUAACUCAAUAUGGUCAAUUUAAUAUUAAACCCUAUAAUGGACAAAUAAAUGGUUAUCAAUCACAAUCUAUUCAAAUUACUUUUAUACCAAUUAAACCAGGUUAUUUUGAACAAGAAUUUAAUGUUCAAAUAGCAUAUUUCUUACCUAAACUUAUUAAAUUACAUGGAAUCACUGAUUAUGCUCAUUUAAAUUUAAAUUUACCUCGUGUAUGUAUGAUUCAAUUAAACAAUCAACAGUUCAAUAAUGAUCAAUUAUCAAUCUCUUAUUACAAUGAUCCUACUGUUUAUCAAUUAACUAUGUCGAAAUUAUUGGAUCAUUUAUAUCAUGAAGUGAUCGGUUUAAUUGAUUUAUGGGAAAAACAACAACAAAAUAUCCCAAUUGUAUGUUUAUGUCAUACAAUCUUUUCAGAUCUAUCACAGAGAGUUUUAGCUUCUGUUAAAAGUAGCAAUUUGGAUCGAAUAUUUAUGCAUGAUAUAAAUUGUCCUAUAAUGAAAGCAAUAAAACAAUUUUUAUCAAAUCAUUAUCAGGUAAUGAAUAAUUUACCCCCCCAAAUAUUAAAACUUAUACCAGAUUUAAAUUUACAAUUGGAUGCAGAACGUGAAUAUAUAUGUAAUCUAUUAAAUUCUAUUGAAAGAAAUGGCUUGAAUUUUGAAAAUGAUAUUACAGAAACAGAAGAACGAAAGAGACCAUGUUUUGUAAAAAAUUUAUACCUACCAUCGUAUUUACUUGAUUUCGGUAUAGUUAUAAUCGGUUCAAUUGUUAAACAAACUAUAUCUAUUAUUAAUACAAGUUAUGAACCGAUUAGUUUUCGUUUUGAUACAACAUCUUUAUCAAAAGCUAAACAAUUUGGGUUUAGUACAAAUAUAACAAAAAUUCAUCAUUUACCUGGUUAUCCAGAUUGUGAACAAUUAGAUAUGGAGAUUUCAUUUGAUACAAAACAAAUUAGUCAGUUGAUAAAUGAAAAUUUCAUUCAAACAGAAUUAAUGAUUAAAAUACUCAAUGGCCCUUCCAUACCAAUAUUGCUUCGAGCGAAUAUUGUAAAACCAACUUUAACAUCACAUAUAAAUACAAUUGAUUUCGGUGAAGUUCAACGUGGUGAAGCACGUAUAAUUACAGUACAAUUACAUAAUCCAUCUCCUGUUUCAAUAAAUUGGUAUCGUUUGGCGCCUGAACUGCAAACUAAUAAAAAUACUACUGAUUCAAUUUAUCCAAUUAGAAAUCAUUAUAAAUCAUGUCAAAAUUUAUUAAAAGAGAAACAAAUGAGAAUUUUUGAAAUUAUACCAAAUAGAGGAAUAUUAGAACCGAAUGAGAAAACUAAUGUACAGAUAAGGUUUAUACCACUUGAAGAGAAGAAGUAUGAAACCAAGAUUUUAUUGGGCAUUGAAAAUAGUGAUACAAUUUUGAAAAUACACUGUCAAGGUAAAGGUUUAGAGCCCCAAUUAAUAUUUGAUCGUGUUAUGUUACAAUUUCAACCAAUUUUACCAUAUUCAUCAAUUGGUAGUGAAGAAAUUGUUACCGUAACCAAUCCAUGUGAUUAUGCAAUAGAAUUUUAUUCAGUUGAAUUGGAUAAACAAUUUGUUCAAGAAGAUGAAAUAUUGGGAUUUAUAGACGGAUAUGAUGAAUAUGGAAGAUUAUUAUUACCUCCACGUAAACCAGGUGAUGAAUUACCUUUAGAAGUUAUUGCUUAUUAUGAAGAACAAAAUAAAAUUGCCAAUUCUAAAUUAUCUGAUGAAUUAGAAGAAACUAUUCCUUUAGAAAAUAGUGAUGAGAAAAAUGUCAAAGGGUUAAAAUUCAUAGGAGUUUCUUCAUCAAGUACAUCAUUAAAAGAGAUGAAAAAAUCUAGUACAACCACUAGUAAUACAACUCCAACAAAUCAUACUACAUCAACUAGUACAUCAGAACGUAAUAAAUCUGAUGAUCGAAAUGUAUUAUCUGAAUUAAUUCUUAAUGAGAUUAAACAUGAAGAUAGUAAACAAUCAAAUUUAAAUAUUUUCAAUAAUGGAAAACAAACAUUAGAUGUUACACCAGUAUCCUCAGCAAUAUCACGACAUUUGGGUAUGGAUUUAACUCAUGAAUUAUAUAAAUCAAAUAAAUUCGGUAUUGUAAUUCUUGUCAAUGGAGCAUUGGAAUCUAUUAGACAUGAUAUUGUCAAAAGUUUAGCUAAUCAAUAUCAAGCAAUUAUAUUAAAUCUUAAUCAAAUUAUUAUUGAAGCAUUACUUACAAGUACAACUGAUACAGCUUAUCAAGCAAGACAAAUUUGUUUAAAUGCUGGUCUAGAAAUCAUUCAAGCAAAAUUAUAUACAAAACAAAAAGAACUUCAAGAACGCGAACUAGAACAAUAUCAAUUACAACAAUUACAAUUGAAUAAUUUAGAAAUUAAAUUAGAUUCACCUAUAGAAUUAUCAGAUGAUACACAAAAAGAUGAAGUUGAUUUAUCGACUGCAUCUAUCAGUGGAGAACAAUCAAAAGUAACCACUGGUCAACAACAUAAAACAUCAGUUAAUCGUCAAGGUCAAGUUCCACACAAAACUAUGGGAUAUCGUGGUACAUUGAAUGUACCACAGAAAUUAAAUGAUGCUAUCUCAACUACUACUGAAUAUAGUACAACAUUGAAAUCACGACGUAUUACCUAUUCAAUAUAUAAUGAUAUCAUAAAAUCAUUUAUUGAUAAAUCAAUAUUAAAAUCAAUAAAUUAUGAACAAUUAUAUACAACUAUUUUACCAGAUCAUAUUAUAUUACAAUUAAUCAAUGAACAUUUUAAUCAAUAUCAUCAUUAUAUCAAUAAAGGUAUCAUUAUUGAUGGGAUAGAAUCGGAUUUUACAAAAUCUUCCAUAGAAACUAUAGAAUUAUUAUUAAAAUAUUUUAAAAAUAAUUAUAAAUAUAUUUAUACAAUAAGUAUUAAAUUUAAUUAUGAUUAUUAUAAACAAUCAAUAAAUGAACAACAAAAUCAAUUAAAUGAAUCACAUAAUUUAAUAAAUAAUCAAUAUUAUGAAAAAUUAUUGAAUUUAACUGAUUAUGAUUAUGAAGAAUUAUCACAUCAUGAAAGACAAUUAAUCGAUAAUAUACAAUUUAAAUUACGUCAUGAUAAACGUCAAAUUGAAUUAGAACAAAAACGUAUCCAUGAUGAACAAUUAAAAGAAGAACAAGAAGCUGAAGCGAAACGUAUAGAAAUGGAAAAAAAUAUGAAGAAAAAAGGUAAACGACAAGAUGAAAAAACAACCAGACCAAUUACAUCGAAUCAAAUAUCAAUUAAAGAUAAUCGUGCAUUAUCUGGUCGAAUGAGUUCAAGACCUAUAAAAGAUGUUAAUAAUAAUAAUUUAGGAAAAUUAGAUACAGUAGAUAAAUCUCCUUUAACAGUUUUGGAAGAAACACGCCGUACAUCACGGUCUCAUGAAAAACAUCGUAGAUCUGCAACUAGUUUCAAAGAUGAAGCAUUAGCUGAGGAAGAAGUUGGAGUGUGUAUGACAGAAGAAGAACACUUAUUAUGUCAAAUCUUAAAGUCAUUUGAAGGUGAUUUUCGUUCUAUAUGUGAACUACUUAGUACAUGGAAUCGUGUUACAUUACAGCAACAAUCAUCAUUACUAGAAUCACAUGAAGAUAGUCCAACCUCAACUAUUGUCAAUUUACCUAUUGGUAAACGUACUAGACAAAGUGGUUUAAAUUUAUCAUCUAACCCUGUCAAUACUAAUUUAAACAAAACGAAACAUUCAAUUAGUAAAGUUGAUCCUUCUAAUAUACAAGUUGUACAUGAAAAUAUCAAUGUUUUAUUACCACCAAUUUAUUGUGAUUUGAAUAUGGCGAAUGAAAACCAACCUAAUAAUAAUAAUAAUCCAGUUGAAAUGAAAAAUGAAAAAGAUUCAACGGAUAAUGAUGUACAAAUUAUUGGGAUACCACAUUUAGUUAUUGAAUUUCCAUUCAAAAAAGACACAAAUAUUAUUGAAGCUAUUAAACAAGAAAUCAACUUAAUGUUAACUGAUUCAGAUUUAAUUUAUGUUGAAAGUAUAAUUGGUACAAAGAUUAAAGAUAAUUUAUUAAUGACAAACAAUUCAGGACAACAACAACACCACCACCACCAACAACAACAACAAGAACAGCAACAACAACAAAACAAACUAUCCACUGAACUUUGUCAAUUACUAUCCUAUCAUUUACCUGAACUUAAUGAAAUAAUCAAUUAUCUAGGUAUUGGAUCAAAUGGACCACCUAUACCAGAACCAAAUAAUUUCUCAGUUAUAUAUUAUCCAAUGAAUAAAUAUACUACUAAUAAUUAUACUACUUAUUUAAAUAGAAAACAAAUGAAACAAUCUAAAAUAAUAAAAUUAAAUGAAGAAAAAUUAAUUCAGGCAAAUUUAAAAUAUUAUGAAUUUUUAAAUUCUGGUUAUGGUGAUCCAAUGAUGAUGAAUAAUAUACUACCAAUAAGAAGUUUAUCACAACCAACUGAUUCAAUGGGUGAAGAAGAUAUAGAAGGACGAACAGAAACUAUGGAAUCUUCAAAUAAACAAAAAAUUGGCAAUUCAUCGCGUAGAACAGGAGGUCGAUCUAUUAAAAAAGAACGCAAAUCACCAAGACAAAAACAUCAAACUUUAGAUCAAGGUGAAACGACAAGUCGUAAACCAAAAGUUUCUAUUGGUGGUAUAAAUUUUGGUAAUGGUGGUGCUCGACGUACUUCUGUCAUAAGCAUACCUUCAGAACAAGCAUCUUUGAAUGAUGAAAUUUCAAGCAUUGAAUCUAAUCAGUUACUAAUUGGACAACCUCUCAAUCAUUUUCGUUGGAUUGUACCUGCUAAAGGACAGAUUCGUUUGAGAAUUCGUUUUCGUUGUGAUCAACUCGGUCAAUUCGAUCAGAUAUUCAAUUUCGAAUUAUUGAAUAGUAGGAGAAAUUAUCAAUUAUACUGCCGUGGAAUAUGUGCUUUACCAACAUUUAGCCGUGAACCAAGAUUAAUAUAUCCAAAACGUAAACGUACUUGUAAUCAAGGUGAAAUUAUUCAUGGGGCUUAUUUGAUGUCUACAUCAUGUUUUGAAUUUGGACCAUUGUUAAUUGAAAAGUCUAAAGAUCGAAUUCAAGAAAAUUGUUAUCCUGAAAAUGUCACCUAUUUCAAUUUAGUUAAUACAUCACAAAUGGAUUCAGAUAUUAGAUUAAACUUUUUAAAUGAUCCAGAUGAAGAAUGUUAUAGUGUUGAACCAAAAGAAUUAAAUCUUAAACCAAAUCAAUCAACUAGUAUACGUAUAUGUGCUUUUCCAAAAUCCAGUAAACGUUAUGAUGAUGCACUUGUUUGUUUAAUUAAAGAUAAUCCAGAACCAAUACUAUUAAAAUUAGCUUGUGAUGGUGUAUUACCAGAAUUGGAAUUAGAUAAAAAAGUAUUUAAUUUUGAAAAAGUUUUAUUACAAAGGAAAGAAGUACGUUCUAUCAUUUUGAAAAAUCGCACUUUAUUACCAGCUCAAUGGAAAUUAUCUGGAAUUGAAGCGUUAGGUGAUGAAUUCUCUGUAUCACAAGAUGCUGGCAUUGUUGAACCACAUUCAGAAUCUAUUGUCUAUGCUUAUUUUCGUGCAAUGAAAUCUGUUAAACCGAACCAGAAGAGAAGUUUACGUUUUGAAGUUUAUGAUUUAGAAAAUAUUGCUGGUUUAAUACAAGUAGAAACCAUACAAGUGAUAGCUGAAGCAUACGAUGUUGCUUUAGAUAUUACAUUUCCUAAAGGAAGUGAUGGUGGUAUUGAUUUUGGUUUAAUCAAAGUUGGUGAAGAAGUGAAACAUACUAUUACAUUAAAGAAUAAAGGUCCUUAUGAAAUAGUAACUAACUUUAUAUUUACAAAGAAUGAUAAAUUUAAAACAGAUUUCAGUAGUAUCUUCACUAUGUCACCUCAACGUAUCAACCUAUUUCCAACAGAUAAACUUACUCAAGUAAACCUCACAUGUUUAACACAAUCUGAAUUAAUUUUAAAAGAAGAAGAAAUACUUAAAUGUCAAAUUAUUGAACCAAAUAUUAAAGGAACUCCACAAUUGAUUGCAUCAAUUCCAAUCAAAUUAUCUGUGAAAGCAGAAUUUAGCAAAUUUACAAUUUCCCCCGCACAUGAUAUUAAUUUUGGUUCACUCAUAUUAAAUAAUCAUAAAACAAGACAAUUAAUCAUUGAAAAUAAUGGAGAUUAUGAAUUCCGUUAUUCAAUUAUACCUAUGUGUAAAAUGUUAGAGCUAUUAGCGACACGUGAAGCUUUAAUGAACAAAGAAUAUACAGGCACGGUGAAACAUAAAAUAUCUCAUCAUAAAACUAAAAGGUUAGAUCCAACCAUGUUGAGUUCAUCACAAUCUCGUUUACAGCAAGGUUUUUUCACAUUAAGUCCAGCUAGUGGAAUUGUUCCACCUGGUAAUGCACAAAUUAUCACAGUUGAUUGUUUGGCUUCUUCGUUAGGUCAAUGUUUAGAAGAAUUAACGAUUGAAAUAUCUGAUCGUGAUAUGAAAUUAUAUCCACAUGGAAUACCAUAUCAUCUUAAAGCUGAAGGAGAUCUACCAUCAAUUGAAACCAAUGACCCUUCAAUAAUAUUUGAAGAACAUCAUGUUUGCAAAAAUCUGAGCGUUUUAGAUUUGCCUGAUCUGUCAGAUACGAUUUCAUCUGGUAGUAUAUAUGGAAUUGAAGAAAAUCGCUUUGUUUAUAGAAAUGUAUUAGUUGGUUCACGUGUUGUUGCACGUUUUCGUAUAGCUAAUCGAAGUAAUGUACCUGCAGAAGUUUCAUUUGAAGUUUCUGCAGGUGGAAUAAUUAGUCCUAAUCAACCAAGUGGACGUUCAAGUAGCCGAAGUAGUCAAUCUACUAGUUGUGAUUCAUUUGAAGUGAUACCAGAUAAAGCUCUUAUAGAACCACAUUCGUCUAGUUAUGCAAAUGUAACAUUUUGUCCAACAUCUAUGCAAAUUUACACAGCAACAUUUAAUGUAUACAUAGACAAUAAAAUAUCUCCAAGUACCAUAGUUACUUCAGGUCGAGGAAGUGCUAGUUCCAGUACAAAACGUUCUUCAAAUCCACCCGUUCUUACUUUUGAAUUAUAUGGUGAAGGAAAUCUACCACAAAUAAGUGUUUUACAACCAAAACUUCGCAAUCGUGCUGGUCAAACAUUGUGCGUGUUUAAACGUAUUCAAGUUGGUAAAAUAUCAAGUCAAAUAUUAUCUCUUCAGAAUAAUGGAUUAUUAAAUAGUCGAUUGAACAUUGAUCUCAUUGAUCCAGAAGGGGUGUUUUCAUUGAAGCCACAAUCAAACAAUGGUUCCCUACUAUUUUACAAUCCCCCAAACAAUUCAACUGAUUGUACCAGUGAAUCGAAUGACAAAGAUGAAUUCACUAUCACUAAACAAUCUUAUUUAAUUGGUUUAUUAUUAAAACCUAAACAACAAUUUAAUUUGUUAAUUACAUAUCAACCAAAUAAACGUAAUAUUAAAAAUUAUGGACAAAUUCAAUUAAUGAUAAUAAAUAAUGAAUAUGAAGAUACAUUAAUUGAAUUAAUUGGUGAAUCAUUAAAUGAUGAAGUAUGUAUUGAUAAUAUACCACAAUUAGAUGAUGAAAAAUAUGUAUGUAUACAAAAUUCAUUAAAACGUAUCAUUUCUGCAUCGAAAACAACAUUAGAUGAUAUAGAUUAUGAUUCGAAUCAAGAUGAGAUUCAAACUACAUCGGCGUUACAACACAACCAUUUAGACUUUGGUGACUGUGGUCCAAAUGAAACUAUAACGCGUACAAUCACAAUCUCUCAUUGUGGUAAAGUUAAAGAGACAGAACCGACAAGUUUUCGUUUUAGUUGGCCAACUAAUAAUCCAAUUCUUCAAUUUCGACCAUCUGAAGGUCAUUUACAUGUAAAUCAAUCUAGACGAAUUGAAGUUACAUUCAAGCCAUCUGGUUCACCAAUAACGCUUAAAUCUCAAUGUAUUAAAUGUAACUUACAUCGUAUUGUCGUUCCUAUUCCAGAGGAUUGUACUAAAGCUGUUGAUUGGGAUGAUACAAAACAAGUUAUACGUUGGGUUGAUGUACCCGGAGAAAAAAUGAAUGGACCAGAUUCUUCAAAUCGUUCAAUGCCAACAACAACGACAACAACAGGAACAGUAAACUCAUUAAAACCAACAAAUCAACUUCAAACAACAACAAUAAUAAAUUCAGAUAAUUUACAAGAACGAAAUAUUCCUAUGAAUUGUAAUUAUGGUUCAUCUAAUGAAGUUAUUUGUCGUAAACAAAAAUUAAUUGAAAUUGAACCAGAACCUCAUUAUGAAGAUAUAUUAGAUCAACCAGAUCCUAAACCAUUAGAAUUAUUCAUAUCUGCUGUAGCUGAUUUUGUUCAAUUUCGUUGUGAUCUAAAUAGAAUUGAUUUUAAAGAAACAAAUAUAUUUGAAAAACGAAUAUACAGGUUUGAAUUAUUUAAUCAAGGAUUAAUUACAUUACAUUUUAAAUGGUCAAUUCAUAUGAUAAGUUUAAUGCCUGAAAAUGAAUCAAAUAAAAAUAUGAUUACUAAUGAAUAUCAGAGCAAUAAUGAAAAUCACAAUGAACACUGGGAUAAAUCACUUAUUCCAUUCAAAGUUUAUCCAAUUGAAGAUUGUAUACUACCUGGAAGAUCACAAUUCAUUGAGGUCACUUUUAGUCCACUUUUACUUGGUGAGUUUGAAGCGCAGCUCAUCAGUAAAAUUGAUAAUUUAGCUCAACAAUCAUCCAAUACAAAUCGUAAUCGACCAAUUUUAACAGCUCCAAUAAUCACAAUAACAGGGAAAUCAGAAAAUUCAAUCCUACACUUUGAUUUAUAUGACUCAGAUUAUAUAUCAAGUGGCCGAAGAAAUCCAGAAUUACCUGGACCAAAUGGAACACCAUUCGGUGGAAGCCUAGAUCCAUUUACCAGAGUUAUUGAAUUCACUACAAUUGGCCUAGGCUUAAAAUCCACUCGAUACUUUUCAAUUGUUAAUACAACUAGAGAAGAUUUUGAAUUCUUGAUUAUAAAUGACGAUUUAGUGAAUGUUAAACAACCUCAAUCAGUGAAAUGUCUUGUAGAAAAGGGGAUUAUUUUAGCUGGGAAAAAAGUUAAUAUUGGAUUUGAGUACAUUUCUUACCAACUUGGACUAAUUGAAUCGUUUUGGCGAUUUGUUGUAGACAAAUACGAUUACAGUGUUCCAUUACUUGUUGUCGGUAAUACAAGAGAACCAAAUAUACUAUUUGAUCAAUCGCAUAUUAACUUUAAUGCUGUACUUAUUGGACAUCAAGUUAGUAAAACUGUCUUGUUAAUUAAUCAAGAAGCUUCAACGUCAAUAUCAUCAACUACAUUCAGUGACAUAUCUAUGAAUAAUGAAGAACAAUCUUCAAAUAUAUUGAAGUUUGAAUUUUUGAAGUCAAGUCUUCAUAGUGCUGGAAAACAAGAUUCCAUUAUUGUUGAACCAAUGUCUGGUCAUAUUCCACCUGGUACAAAAUUACCUAUUCAAAUUAGUUUUCAAGCAAAUGGUGAACGUGAAACAAAUAUCAAUUUACAAUGUCUUAUCAAACAUCGUCAAUUACCUUUAACAUUAAAUGUUAAAGCUCAAGGUUUUACAAUUCAUUCAUCUCUAUGGAUUGAUUCUAUUCAAUCAAAUAACCAUAACAAUGAUUCUACAACUAUUGAACUAAUUGAACUUACACCAUUAUGGUCACCAUGUAUUGGUGUUGAUCUAACAGAUCUCAUGAAUAAAUCUAUCCAUAGAAUUCAACAUGAUCCAUAUUUAACAAAGAAAUUAUCUGAAUUAAAUUUUGGUGAAUUAUACCCUGGUGAAUGUAUUACACGAAAAUUAAUAUUAUAUAAUAGUGGAAAAUUUAAAUUUGAUUUUAUAUGUCAAUUUAUGUUACUAGGUAAUAAUGAUCCAGAUCAAAAAAAUGAAAUCAAAGAUCAUAAUAAAAAACAAUUGAUUGAUCGAUUGAUUAAUGGUUUCAUUACCGGCGAUAGUAUUCAACAACCAUCCUUAGAAAUUACUCCGAAUACUGGUAGUUUAUUACCCAAUGAAAAAAUCACAUGUACAAUUAAAUUUCAACCACCGAAACAACUAAAGCUGUUAGGUAUCAAUCAUUUAAAAUUGUAUAAUUUAAUUGGUAUUUGUUUAAUAAUACGAGAUGGUCCUGUAUAUGGUAUAAAAUUAUUAGGUUCAACAAAAAAACAAACGAUUCAAUUCUCUGAAACUUGUAUCAAUUUUGGUUCACAAUUAAUAAUGCAAUCAGGUCUUAAACCAUCAAUACGUUAUUUAUAUAUAAGUAAUAUAGAUACUAAACAAGAAUUAAGUAUUGAAUGUAUUACACAAUCUUCAAAAAUAUUUUCUUAUUAUUUAAAACCAACAAUUUUAUUUAAAAGAGAACUAGAAAUAGCACCACCACCAUCACUACCAUCAUCACCACAACAACAACCCCAGCAACAACAAAUCAAUGAAUCUAAUUCAAAUGUUCUUUGUUUACCAAUAUACUUUUAUCCAUAUGAUAAUAAAUUAUAUAAAGAAACUAUGAUAUUUGAAAUUAAUGGUUCUAGUCAAUAUUCAAUUGAUUUAAUAGGUAAAGGAUGUCAAUUAUUAAUGGAAACUAAAUUAUAUCCAUUGCUGAUUAUGAAUAAAACUAUAAAAGGUACUACCAAAGUAACUCAAUUCAAUGAUGAUGAAUUGGAUGAAUUCAAUCAUAAUGGUAAUAAUAAUAAUAAAUGUAUUAACUUAGGUCAUUUAAAAACUGGUCAAAUAUCCCGUCGUUUUAUUAGUUUAAUUAAUAAAAGUUCUGCAUCAAUAUGUAUACAUCAAAUACAUUUGAAUCAACCAUCAUCAUCAUCAUCAUCACCACCACCACCACAGCAACAACAACAACAUAAUAAUAAUGAUAAAAAGUACAAUUCUAUUCAUGUACAAUUUUGCAAGUCAAUUAAUAUUGAUAAAAAAUUAAAAGAUUUUGGACAAAUUAAAGAAUUGGUUACACCAAUUAUUGUUCCAUCUAAUGGUGGUGAAGUAAUGAUAAUGUUAAGUUUAACAUCAGAUUAUAGAUUACCUAAAUUUAUUGAAGAAGUUGUAUGUGAAAUUUCACGUGUAGAUGAUAAUACUAAUAAUGUAAUCCAGUUGCCGAAGAAUCAAAUCAAUACUACGACUACUACUACUACUACUGAUAGUAGUCAUAGAAACAAAGAAGAAAUGAUUUCAAUUCAUCAAGAGAAUACUAAUAUGUUUUUACCAGUAUUCUCUAUAUAUGGUGCUGUAAAUACAUAUGAUAUUAAUUUUAAUACAGAAUCAAUUAAUUUUGGUUCAAUUGUACGUGGUAGUCAAUUAAGUAAACGUUUAGUUUUAAUGAAUACUGGUGAUUAUAAUGCAAAAUUCGAAUGGGAUAAAUCAACUUUAACAUCGGAUUUAACUAUAGAACCAAUGAAUGGAUCCAUUGGUCCUGGAUUAGAAGUACCAUUUAUUUUAACUCUUAAACCAAACAAAUUAACACGUGAAUUACGAAUAGAUAAUGUAACAUGUCAAAUUCAAGGUGUAGGAUCAAAAUUAAUCACUGUCAGUGCAGCAUGUGUGCCACCAACUGUUAUCAAAGAAACACAACAAUUUUCAACGAUUGUUAGACAGCAAGAUGUUAAAAAUUUACAAAUUGUUAAUCGUACAAAUGCUAAUUGGCAAAUCAAACCAGUUAUUGAUGGUGAACAAUGGGAUGGACCAAAGAUAAUUGAUAUACCUCCACAACAAAUAGGAACUUAUGAAUUAACAUAUAAACCGUUAACAAUGACUUUAGAUGGAGCAAAACACAAAGGUACAAUAUUCUUUCCAUUACCUGAUGGUACAGGAUUAUUAUAUAACUUAUGUGGAAUAUCUGAUGCACCAAAAUCAAUGAUGAGGAUAAAUCGUGAAAUUGAAUGUAAAAAAUUACACACAGAAGUUGUACAAAUACCAAAUUGGUUAAAUGCAUCACAGAGAUUUCGUGUUUUAAAGGAAAUUCUACGACCAGAUAAAUUAGAUCCAAGUACAACUAUUCAAGGAUUAGAUUAUUUAGAUGUACCAGCUGAUUCAAGUAAAGAGUAUAAAUUAAGUAUAUUUACUUAUCGAGAAGGUUUUACAUUGAUUAAAGUUACAUUUACAAAUGAAACAACUGGAGAAUAUCAAUAUUUUGAAGUUAAUUUUAAGUCUAUUAGAAAUAAAGUUUUAGAUGUUAUUAGAAUGCAAACACCUAUUCGUAAAUCUAUUACACAUACACUUACAUUAGAAAAUCCUUUAUCAAUACCAGUUAAUUUUCAAAUGAGUACAAAUAUCUCUGAAGUUCAAUGUCCAAAUCAAUUACAAAUACCUGCUAAUUGUGAAGGUAAAGUAACACUUGAAUAUUUACCAAUUAAAAUUGGUCAAUAUAAUGGAAAAUUUGAAGCUAAUUGUAAUGAAUUAGGUUCAUUUAUUUAUGAAUUAAAUUUACAAGCUACACAAUCUGGUUUCGAAUCUACAUUACAUUUUCGUACAACUAUAGGACAACGACAUUGUCAAAUUGUAAAAUUUACAAAUUUAUCAAAAAAUAAAAAUGAAUUUAUUACAAAUGUUGAUAAUUCUGAUUAUCAUUGCGAAAAACAAAUAACUGUAGCACCGGGAGUUGAAGCGUCAUUAGAAGUUGCUUAUGAACCAACUACUGUGGGUAAUUCACAGGCUACUUUAACAAUUACAAGUACACAAGCUGGUGAAUACAGUUUUCUACUUAAAGGUACUGCUCUACUGCCACAACCACAGGGUCCAAUAUUCAUAAAAGCUGGUGAAACAAAACAUAUCAUCUUCCGAAAUGUUUUCUCUACACCCAUACUUUACUCAUUUCAGGUUGAUAAUACUAUAUUCAAUCUACCGAAACAAAGUGAAAUUAUUAGACCUGGUAAAGAAUUUAGAAUUCCUGUUGGUCUCGACAGUAAUAUCACUAAAUCUCCAGUAACUGGUAAACUAGUUGUGACAGCAGUUCGCGCGCAAUCAAGCGCACGUACAAUCCGUAAAGGACCAUCAAAUGUAAUUAGUGAUACCACUUCACUAUCAUCAUCAUCGUCUUCAUCAUCACCGCAACAGCAACAAUCAAGCUUUAUUGAUUCCACAUUUACAGAAAAAGGUGAAGGACUUCAAUGGGUUUAUUAUUUACGCGGUGUUACAGGAUAAAGCCGAACAAAUAUAUAACCGGCAAAUGAUACGUUUUCUGUAAAAUCAAGCCAGAGAAUUUCUUAAUUAGUGAACUCAAAUGAAAUACAAAUUUUAUAUUAAUGGCCUCAUUUUUCUGAUAUUACUUUAAAGCUUAUAUAUCCCUUGAAGAGAAUUCAAGAUGACCAUUUACGACUUAAACUCGCUCUGUUCAUAAACUCGUAUUAUUCGUUCAGUGCUUCCCCCCUGUGUUUACCGACGAGAUAAAUAAGAGGCAUUAGUUAGUCAAUAAUGUAAUGCUACUGUAGCUGUAAAUAAUUCCCCA